UUGGUCUUGACGACAAUUUCUGGUCAAAAAUUCGUUUCAUAAAAGCAACAACCUAAAGUGUCUAAAAAUAAACAAAAUCUGUGAAACUGCUUUUAGCCGAAGUGAAGACGUGGAGACAUGUCAAAAGUAAACGAUGCACUCCUAACCUCAACCAUCUGUCACUUUUCGUGAAAAAAUCAUCUCGAAAGUACAACAUUCCACAAAAAAUCUCACUAGCAUCCCAAAAUAUUGAUCUCCAAUAAAAAAUGUCGACGCUCCGAGAAAAACAGAUAAACGCCCUGAAGCAGAUGUUGAAUCUGAACGGCCAGGAUUCAAAAAGUGACAUGCCAAUUUGGAAAGUUUUAGUCUACGAUCGGGUAGGACAGGACAUAAUAUCACCCCUAUUAUCAGUAAAAGAACUUCGAGAACUUGGAAUUACUCUCCACAUGCAACUGCACUCUGACAGAGAUCCAAUUCCGGAAGUUCCAGCAAUUUAUUUCUGUUCGCCUUCAGAGGAAAAUCUAGUUCGUAUCGGUCAGGAUCUUCAGAAUGGUUUGUACGAUAUUUACCACCUCAAUUUUAUAUCCCCUAUAUCGAGGCAAAAAAUGGAAGAUUUAGCCUCCGCUGCGGUUCAAAGUGGAGCAGUCGCUAACAUCCAGAAGGUGUUCGACCAAUAUUUAAACUUCAUCACCCUGGAGGAAGAUUUCUUCGUCCUGCGACACCAAAACAGUGACGCAAUCUCCUAUCAUGCUAUAAAUCGAGGAGAAAUGAAGGAUACGGAAAUGGAACUUAUCAUAGACAACAUCGUCGAUGGUCUCUUCUCCGUGUUUGUCACCCUGGGUAACGUUCCGAUAAUUCGAUGUCCAAAAGGUAACGCAGCUGAAAUGGUUUCCAAAAAGCUAGAUAAGAGGCUGCGAGAAAACGUCUGGAAUUCCAGAAACAGUCUCUUUCAAAACGAGGGUUUUAAAUCCGAACCGAUGAGUUUUCAAAGGCCUCUGCUGAUAGUUCUCGAUAGAAAUAGCGACAUCGCAACACCGUUUCACCACACCUGGACAUAUCAAGCUCUAGCUCACGACGUUCUAGAAUUAUCCUUGAAUCGGUUGAUCAUCGAGGAAAGUACAGGAAGAUCUCCGGCAGGAAGUGCCCGUUACAAAACCAGGAUUUGCGAACUGAACAAUUCGGAUCGAUUCUGGUCGCAGCACAAGGGCAGUCCAUUUCCCAGGGUGGCCGAGGCAGUUCAAGAGGAACUGGAACAAUAUCGAGUUUUUGAGCACGAGGUCAAGGAUCUCAAAUCAUCGAUGGGAGGUGACGAUGACCUGGAAACUGAAGGUCUUAUGGUUUCGAGUAACACAGCUAGACUCACCAGUGCCGUAAAUUCGCUUCCUCAACUCCUCGAGAUGAAGCGAUUAAUCGACAUGCACACGACAAUAGCGACCGGAAUUUUGAAUUCGAUUAAAUCUCGACGACUCGACACCUUCUUCGAGAUCGAGGAGAAAAUUAUGAGCAAGCAAACACUCGAUGGUGGAAUUUUGGACAUUAUUAACGAUCCCGAGUGUGGAUUGCCGGAAGAUAAACUGAGACUCUUCAUCAUUUACUAUCUCCUCACGAACAUUUCCGACUCGGAGUACAAUAAAUACGAAGCGGCUUUGACGAUUGCUGGCUGCGAUUUGAGUCCUCUGACGUAUAUCAGAAGGUGGCGAAAUUUCAUGAAGAUUUCGGGCUACCAGAAUAAUUACGAGGGCGGAGGUACGAAAACUGUUAGCAUGUUUUCGAAACUGAUGAGUCAGGGAUCGUCGUUUGUGAUGGAGGGAGUGAAGAAUCUGGUGGUGAAGAAACACAAUUUGCCCUUUACGAGAAUUGUGGAUGAGUUGAUAGAAAUGAGGCAAUCGUCGCAAACUAGCGACUAUUGUUAUCUUGAUCCGAAGCAAGUGAAGAAUGUGGAUCAGGCGCCAAAAACUAAAACGGAAUUCCACGAGGCUAUUGUUUUUGUCGUGGGUGGAGGAAAUUAUAUUGAGUAUCAGAAUCUGAUGGACUAUGUUAAAACGAAAACUAGUGGGGGGAUGAACAAGAAAAUUAUUUAUGGGUCUACUACUCUUCUCAAUGCAAAACAGUUUCUUGAGCAAUUUUCCCUGCUUGGUCAGGAUGCUCAAUAGGGGGAAGGUGAAUGGAUUUUCGUUUAGGGAAAGACUGCAGUUGUAUUAUUGAGGGAAGCAAUUUAUUGUAAAUUAGGAGAGAAGGAUAUUUGUAAAGUAAUUUGUAAACAUGUUUUCAAGUUAAUUGUAAUAAAAUUUAAUUAAAUUUUA